CGCGGUGAAUUUAAGAUUCAGAAGGCAUCAUCCCAGCCAGCCCUGAUUGGCUGAAGAAAAAGAGCCAUUCAAUCGCGGUGUUAGCGAAGGUGCGGUGACACUUGAACGUGGACCACAGAGGACGGAGCCAGUACCUCAUCAUGACAAGUCUUGCUACGGGGGCUGCGGUGGAGACCCGGGCUGUGAGCAGGUGUUGGAGCAGGGUGCAGGGACGUCGUUAACUUGCAUGCAUGCACCCCACGCCGUCGUCCCCGGUCCGGUUCGCAGACUACUGCCGCCGGCGGGAAGAUGCUGAGCCGACUGAUGAGCAGCAGCAUCCGGAGUCUGGACCGAGAAUGCAACUGCACCGUGAGGCUGCUGGACGACUCCGAGUACACCUGCACCAUCCAGCGGGACGCUAAGGGACAGUACCUGUUUGAUCUCAUCUGUCAUCACCUCAACCUGCUGGAAAAAGACUACUUUGGCAUCAGAUAUGUGGAUCCAGACAAGCAGCGGCACUGGUUGGAGUUUACAAAGUCAAUUGCCAAACAAAUGAAAUCUCAGCCUCCUUUCACUAUGUGUUUGCGUGUCAAGUUCUACCCUCCUGACCCCGCCGCCCUUCGAGAAGAGAUCACCAGAUAUCUGGUCUUCCUGCAAGUGAAGAGGGAUCUCUACCACGGUCGUCUCUUGUGCAAGACAUCAGACGCUGCUCUGUUGGCUGCAUAUAUAUUACAAGCUGAAAUUGGUGACUACGACCCCGGAAAGCACCCUGAGGGCUACAGCUCCAAGUUCCAGUUCUUCCCCAAACACUCUGAGAAGUUGGAGCGACGCAUAGCAGAAAUCCACAAGACGGAGCUGAUAGGUCAAAGUCCCGAAACAUCAGAGCUCAACUUCCUCCAGAAGGCUCAGAUGUUGGAGACGUAUGGAGUAGACCCACAUCCAUGCAAGGACGUGUCUGGUAAUCCGGCUUUUCUGGCAUUCACGCCAUUUGGAUUUACAGUGUUGCAAGGAAACAGGAGGAUUCAUUUUCUCAAAUGGGAUGAGGUGACCAAGUUGAAGUUUGAAGCAAAGACAUUCCACAUAUAUGCAAGUCAGACAGAGGAACAGAAGAUCAUAUUGACCUACUUUGCACCAACACCUGAAGCCUGUAAGCACCUCUGGAAGUGCGGUGUGGAGAAUCAAGCCUUCUAUAAGUUGGAGAAGUCCAGUCAAGUGCGUACAGUGUCCAGUAGCAAUCUCUUCUUCAAGGGUAGUCGCUUCCGAUACAGUGGAAAGGUUGCAAAAGAAGUCAUGGAGCAAAGUGCCAAAAUAAAAAGGGACCCGCCUGAGAUCCACAGGGCGGGCAUGGUGCCAAGCAGGAGCUGUCCGUCCAUCACACACGGCCCCCGUUUGACGAGUGUUCCCAGGACGAGACGGCGAGCGGUGCACAUCUCCAUCAUGGAGGGUCUGGAGUCCCUCCGAGAUAGCGCCCACUCCACACCGGUGCGCUCCGUUUCCCAUGGGGAGUCCUUCAUGACCUCUAGAGGCCACGCAGUGGAUGGCGGCGAGGCCAGCGCCUCCGCGGUUAUCUCCGACGAGGCUUACAGCCCCUCGGACAGCGUCCUGCCUACACCCGUGGCUGAACACGGGAUGGAUAUGCACCUCAACGGCACCCCUCGCAGCAUCGACGAUGAGGAGGGUGGUGCAUCGCUGGAAGGCCAGGUGGCGGAGUCCAGGGUUGGUAGGAGAGCCCUACGCUUGGCUAGAAGCAGGCCGUCGCCCCCUAGUGACGUAGAGGAGCUGCACAAGUUCGUCCUGAGUGUUCUCCGUUUGUUUCUGGUCACCAUCGGACUGCUUUUCGCCCUUCUGCUGCUCCUCAUCAUGCUGACAGAGUCUGACCUGGACAUCGCCUUCCUGAGAGACAUCCGCAAGACGCCAGAAUUCCAGCAGUUCCACAUUGAGUACUUCUGCCCGCUGCGGCGCUGGUUCGCCUGUAAGCUCAGAUGGAUGGGAGGGCUCCUCAUCAGCAAGUGAGGCCCAGGAAGACGACAAUGCUGCUGCUAAAGCAACCACUGCAGGCCCGUACAACAGAAACAAAGAUGGCGGCCCUUUUACCAGUUACACCCAGCUUUUCCGUGUCACAAGCCAUUUAAAUAUCUUAUUUUUGUACAAAAUCCCAGUAGGAAAAUUUAAUUUUUUCAAAAACGAAUGAUCAAUUAAAUUGAAUUUAAAAAAUAAAAGAUUUUACUAAAUAUUAACAAUUGUAGAAGUGAUAAUAAUAGUACCAAUAAUAAAAUCUCUUGGAUUUAAAUUUAAAAAAUCAAUAAUCAUUAUUAUUGAAUAAUUAUUAUUAACAAAGUGCAUCAGCAUUUCACUGAUUACUAUAAUAAAGACAAUAAUAAUAACACUAAUAUUAUUUAUUUGUUAUAUUAGUUAUUGUCAACUCUAAGCACUAAAAAACACAAGAAAAGAAUAAAAUAUUCAUAAUAUAUACUUAAAAUUAGUUAGCAUAAUUGGUAUAUUAUUAUUAUUAAAUCUUGAAUAUAAUGUGUAUGCGCUCACAUGGUAACUGCGUGAUAAUGACCAUGACAUGUAGCUAAAAAUAAGAAUAUUCGAAACAGUUCAUACAGUGUACUUCUACAAACUACAACCACAAUAAUAUUACACAUUAAUACCUCUCUAACAAUGUCCAAUUGAUUAAAGACUGUACUUAAUGUCGUGGCCCGUAUGUUGCAACAUUAUUACUGAAGGUUAUGAGAUGUAGACAAGGAAGGCAAUCUAAUCUCAUGUUGUCAUUUGUAUCAAUAAUGAGGAUGAGGAUAUUUCAUCAUGUGGGCAAGAGAGAAAGUGCGAUAUUGAGGGUAAAGACGAGUGUGGAUCAGAUAAGAUUGUUAUUCAAUUAUGAGUCUUUUUACACAGUUUUUGGUGUUAAUGAUGAUGGGGGUGUGGUGCCAUAAUGAAGGAAAUAUAAAAUGAAUAUUUAAAAUGUUACAUAGUUAUCAUAGCCUGAACAUUUUGGAAUUAAUCAUAAAGUUAAUUGAAUAAAAAUACAAUGCAUUGCAAGUCAUUACAAUUUGAGGAUUACAUACCUACAUAAAUGACUCAGUAAAUUAUUAGAAAAUUUAAUACAGUUAUUAUUAUUAUUAUUAUUAUUAUUUCAAAUGUAUUAAUCUAAUACUUUUAAUUUAAUAAAUGUAGUGUAUUAAAUUUAUUAUAAAAUUAUAAUCUGCAUAAUACAUUUAAAUAAAUUUUAUUAUAUGAAAAUAAAUACUGAAAAAUAUUUUCAAAUGUUAAAUUGAAUUAUUAGAUUUGUUUUUACAUUUUGGCACUAAAAAUAAAAGCUGAUGGGCCACAUUGACAUUCAAACAAAUACAUUUGUUCGUGUCAUACUGUACCAUUUUUUUUCCCGAGUGUACACUAUUGUCUUUUAUCAUCCAAAGACUGUAGAGGAUUGAACGUGGUAGUUUCAAAAAAAUAAAAUAAACUAGCAGCCAAAUAAUGCUCACAUCUACAAUCAUCUUGUGUGCAAGUAAUAGACCGAUGUGACCCAAAGCUAGUAGUUGCUCGUCAAGUGUAUGGUUUUUCUCAAUACUGUUAAUCACAGACUCUAACUAAUCCUGUCACUGAUGGCUAACGUGACAUUGUUGCAUCAUUUUGUAAAGUGCAAAAAUGAGUAGAAGAGCAGCUCCUCUUUUUUUUUAAAGAAGGUGUUAAGUGAACGUGUUAUUUUUGUGUUUCAUGUUGCAAUCAUGCCGAUGCUAUUUUCAUCAAUGCACCAACCAAAGAAACCCAAUUUGUGUUUGUGCUGCUUUCGCCUUAGCCUGCAGUGUCUUUACUGGCAAAAAGCUUAUAUCUAAUUAAGAGAGGUUAGGAGAGGUUUGCAGCAAUAGAUAAGGUGGGGUUGGGGGGAGGUGGGGUAUGUAAUAAGACACCACUUUAAUUGUCAACCAAUCGAUCAGGAGUUGGACGAGACUCCUUAGUUCCACUCUGAAUCUUCCACCAAUCUACUGUUAUUCUUCAUCUUAUAGAGACAUUUUGGAUAAUUGUAUGCUUGAGGUAAGGUAGAGGAAGAUGAGUUUGGUGUGGAAGAAUGCCGUCGAAGCUCUUCAGGAUUAUCCAAAACGCAGAUAGCGAGUCUGGGCUCGGGUUUAACUUUUGUGUAGGGUCCAAGCUCUUAUCCGUCAAUGAAAUGUGAUCUUUUGUCUUUUGCAGCCUCAUUAGCAUUCU